AUGUCCAACAAGCGCGCUUAUAGCGCCUACCUCUCCAGCGCGUCUGCGGAUAUGCUAGUCGCUGCCAAUGGCUUCGGCGCUCCCCAACUGCAGGCGCAGCAACACACCCCUUCCUCAAUAUCACAUCUGCGUAUCCCAGGCGGAUGGCCACAAGAUCACCUCAUUGCCGCCGAGGAAGUCAUACCUCCGCGCGCUUCUCUCUUCACCACGCUCGGCAAGUGGGCUGCGACCGUCAGCGUUACCAACCUGCUCUCACUCCCUGCACGCCUCGCAAACCGCUAUCUCCGCCGCGAGACUAUCAAGGCGAUUCCCAUCAUCUCCGCCACCGGCUCCAACAAGAAGCGCUUCAUCUCCGCAGGUCUGGCAGACGAGGAAUGCGCGACACCUUCGCCUUCAGUGCGCGCGCGCGCGAACCAGGCGCGUCGCGAACACCAAAGGCAGGCGCGCGCGUCAGAGCUAAGCCCCAACCAAUUCCGCGUUCCGCCAAUUCAAUAUACGUCAUCAGCACAUACACAAGAAUUCGAGGAAAUCGUGCCUGGAGCAUACAAUAGAGAUGUAUCUCUCGACGAGGGCGGCAACGUCAGCCUGGAAGACGACGAGGACCUUGAGGUCAGUGUAGACUUCUCUUUCGAGGAUGUCUUCACUUCAACCCCGCCGCGCGACCCCCAGACCGGCUCUCCCAUGACAAUAUUCUGGAACAGCCCUCAGGUCGCCUCACCCGCGGUUGCCUCGCCCGCAAGCCCGGUCUUGUCAUCCCCACUAUACCACUAUGACUCGCCUACCUACGACAAUGCCAACCCGGCCUGGAUCUCUGAGCUCCGCAAUGCUUCAACUGCCCAUGCCUCUUCAGGUCUUACGUCACCGUCGGCGCAAGCACUCUCCUCAUCGCAAGCAUCCACAGGCCCAGCCCCUAAUGGCAAGCGCACUUCCAACCUGCCUACGGUCACACCUCUGCGACGCCAAUUGGUCAAGGCACAGAUGUACAGGGAACGCAAGCGCAUCGCAGGCCUCAAUGCCGCGCUCGAGUCUACGGAGGAAGGUUUCGCCGAUACCGAGCAAGCUAAGAACAGUUUCGCCGAGUCAUUCAACCAGAACCCCUUCCACUCCACGAAUGCUUGGUCAUCAGCAUCUCCAUCACAACCAAAGACUGAAACCGAAGCUGCCGUCCCCGACUUCGAGUACGCCAACGACUUGUCCUUUCUCCCUGAGGUCACUGAAACCUCUGAAGUCGAAUACGCCAACGACUUAUCAUUCCUCGUUGAUGCGCCAUCUCCACCGCGAGCGAAGGGAGUGCGUUGGGAAAAGGAUGCUAAAUGCAAGCCCUUCUACGUCGACACGAAAGUCAGCGAGAUGCUCGACUCCACGCUAGAGACGAUUACUUCAAGUCCGAUCAGGGAAUACCACAAUGUGUUCCAGAACAACGAUGGCGGCGCAUCAAAUGCCAGCCAGGCGUCAUCAUCUUCUCGCUCGUCAGCAGACAGCAGCCCACAGAUAACCCUUCUUGAUUCUCCUGCGCAAAAUGGCGGCUGGCGCGGUGUCUCAGUUGACGCUUUCGACGCACCCGAUGAAUCGCUCCUGGAGUGCGAGUUCUCGCUGGAACUCCUCGAAGACCUUCAGCGGGAAAUGCAGAGGAAGCUUGCCUUGGCACCGCCUCCUCCACCGCCACAGAAGCCACUUGUUGCGCCGCUCACUCCCGAGGAAGAAGCUGCACUGCAAGACGCCGCAGCCAAGACCAAAUACGGCCGCAAGCCAGACCAGUUCGUCAUUCACGACAAGCUAUACGCUCGAGACUUUGCGACUCUGUUGCCUCGCGUCUUCAACGGUGACCCCAGGGCAUGGUUGAACGACAGCAUCGUCAACGAGUAUCUUUCUAUUCUCAUCGCUGCAAAGAAGAAGGAAAUGGGCUUCACUCACCAGCGCAACGGUCCUGCACCGCCCCUUCACGCCUUUUCGUCAUUCUGGUACCAGACUGCCGAUACUUCUCGCUGGACCAACAGGUUUCAGCUGAAAGGCAAGCAGUACCUCGACGCCGACCUUCUCCUCUAUCCUAUCUGCGACAGAGGUCACUGGCGUCUGCUCGCGGUUUAUCCCCGGGAACGCACUAUUGAGUACUUUGACUCUAUGGGUCUUGACGGACAAACAUACAUCGACAAGCUCGUCAAAUACCUCGAGCAGGAGCUCGGUGAACACUGGGUUCCUUCGGAGUGGAAUAAAGAGACUGGCCAGAGGAGUGAGCAACAGAAGAACGGAAGCGAUUGCGGUGUCUUCACUCUCCUGAACGCUUUGACCCUCAUCCGCGGCGACGCUCCCACUCGUGUCCUUUCUACCGACGGCAUGGACGAUGCACGCAAGCGUAUCGCAACCACUCUGCUGGCCGGCCAUCCCACCACCGAGCUGGAAUGA